AUGGACCAUCCUUUCAGUGGAGAUUUUGGCUAUCACGACGGAGAUCAUUUCCAGUAUCCCAACUUUACCACUGACCAGCAACAAAUUUUCCACUUUGGAAUGAAUAUUGAAGCAAGAUACGAAUCAAUGGAAUUCCAGAUUCAAUCAGCAGGAGUUCCCCAACAUCCAGAUCAUCAUGCUGAUCAUCCGCAUACCUAUGCUCCUCCGGGAUGUAACAAAACCUUCCACACAGCACAAAUGCCUCAGCACACUGCUCCUACAGCUCCGCCAGCUCUUCCAACAUACUCCACUCAUAAAGAGGCCGUUGAACAGUGGAAGAUCUGGCAGGAGGAUCAUGCUUUUUCAGAGAUGUUUAGAAAGUUUGAUGUGCCAAAUCUUCUGUUCAACCCUCUGGGCGAGCAAAGAACUCCCCAAGCAGUUCGAUCGGUGCCCAAGGAUGGAUACAGCUUGUUCCGCUAUCGCCGUAUGGUUUUUGGUGCCAAGGAUCAGCUCAAACACGAUAAAGCAUGGAAUAAUCGAUCACUUCCACAAAAAAGUCGAUGGAAUCAAGCAUCUGUAAAGUUGGCACAAUAUCAGAAGGCUGAAGAAAAAAUGGGCUUCAUCAAAGUUUUUGGAACCGAAGAGUUUCAGAACUAUUCCAAACGUCGGGGACAGACCCGGAACUCUUUUGGUGUCAAUCGGCAGUGGGAUUUGUCAAUUGAAGGAAAAGUCGUGGUCAGAACUUCGGCAUCAGUAGAGCACAGUGGAGCAUCUGGUGCUUCAACUUCAAGCUCCAGCUACAAAACAUCAAGCCAUGGACAACUGACCGAGCCAGCUUCUCUCGAGAGCUACUGGAAAACUCGUUGUCUUCAGCUAGAGCAAGAAAUGGAGAAACUGAGCAACAACAUCAGCAGUCUCACAGUAGAAAAAGAUAAGGAGAUCAAGCUCAUCGUCAAUGAGAACCGGCAGCUGAGAAGCCAACUGAAACAAAAAGACAUAGAAAUCAUUGGAAUCAAAAGCUGCGUUAACUUCCUUCAAGAUCCCCAAAGAGACGCGAAGUCGAUAAAAAAAGAACUUCCUGUCCAAGUUGAUCCGAGCACUCCUAGAGACAAUGAGCUCAUGGAUUGCUCCGAUAUUUCCAUCCCAAUCGCUGCUCCAACCGAGAGCUCAGGCCCCCUUCACUACUUUCCGUCAACGGUCGCCAAGACUGGAGCCCGCCAGCUCUACAAAAUGUGGAAAAAUCACCAUUCCGAGGAGCUUCUGUGCCUUGAGCAGUUUGGAAUAGAUCUUUCUCGCUGGCUUUUCACAGAGGGUUCUCAGACAACUCCACAAAGAGUUCGCAGAGCCACAAGAGCUCAGGAACUCUACAAGUUGGAGAAAACUAGAGGGAUGUACUGGGAAGAUCUUUCAAGAAACGAGCGAAAAGCGUGGAGUGAGAAGCUUACCCAACUGCGGAAACUUCAGAAGAGCUUAGAGGCCUUGAAACUUGUUCAGACUCUGACCUGCGAAGAAUGGAAAAAGAAGGACGAUCUUCUCGUCUAG